CAUUUUAAUUUCAUUAAUUGUCAAGUUACAUUAGUAAUUACUGUUAGAAGACAUAUGAAUCAUUAUGGUGGGUAAGUUAUACCAGUAAUUACUGUGAAAGAGAUAUGAAUCAUUAUGGUCAAGCUAAACUAUUGUUCCACAUUUAUGGUAGGUAAUAUUAAAAAAAAUCAGAACAUUUGAUUGAUAAAGAGUUUCUCAACAUGAAUGCAACACUUAUUUUGCCUGAGCUUGACACAAAUUCAUUUUGGCACGAUAAGAGUGGCUUUGCAGGUAUUUAUGAUGUUGAUCAUUUUAUCAACUCUCUUAAAUAUGAUGUAAAGGUUGUACAGAGUUUACCAGAAGUGCCAGUGACUGGGAAGAAGAAGAAAAAAAUGAAGCCUUUUCAGCUUCGUUCCCCAAGAGAUGCUCCUCCAAGUUGGUAUGAAACAGUUGCAUUGGAGAAGAUGAAAGAACAUGGUGCUGUAUACCUUACUCCAUUUUCCCAUCGUUUGGCAGAGGAGAUAGACAAUGCUGAAUACCAGAGAUUGAGAUGCAGAGUAAACUAUCAUGCUCUUAGAUUCAAAGAAGAUGUUAUGAAACUGAGUACUAGUAUUGUCAAUCGGCUUCGUUCAGAAGGUCAUUUUAUGGCAAUACACCUACGCUUUGAAAUGGAUACGCUUUCAUUUGCUGGGUGCUUUGAUAUCUUUAUUCCAGAGGAACAGGCUAUCUUGAGGAAGUACAGAGAGCAAAAUUUUGCAGAGAAACGACUUGUAUAUUCUGAAAGGAGAAUUAUUGGAAAAUGUCCGUUAACUCCAGAGGAGGUGGGCCUUAUCCUUAAUGCCAUGGGAUUUGAUAAUUCAACUCGCAUAUAUUUGGCUCCUGGCGAACUAUUUGGUGGUCAACGUUUCAUGAAGCCCUUGCAUGCCUUGUUUCCUCACCUGGAAAAUCGGAGAACAGUCACCUCUGCUAAGGAUUUGGCAGCAGUAAAUGCAGAUGGACGGGCGUUACUGGGCCCUGCAGUUGAUUACAUGGUCUGUCUUCUUUCGGACAUAUUCAUGCCAACAUAUGAUGGUCUAGGUAACUUUGCCAAUAAUUUAUUGGGACACCGUCUAUAUUAUGGUUUUCGGUCCACCAUUCAACCUGAUAGAAAAGCACUGGCUCCAAUUUUUAUUGAUCUUGAGAGAUCCCGCAAUCGGAACUUCGAAGCCCUGGUGAGGCUAGUAAUGCAGAAGACACCAUUUGGUGGUCCACACAAGCGGAUUCAUCCAGAGUCAUUUUAUACAAAUCCGUGGCCUGAAUGUUUCUGCCAAAUUUCUACAGGGAGUGUUGAGCACAAGUGUCCUACCAUAAAAUUCAUGGAGAUUGUGAAAAAUCAAUAUAAAUGGUCUGGAUGUGUUGUCCACUAAAAGUCUUUUGAAUCAUUCUUUCGAUGGAAAAUCAAUUAUGCACGGUGCAUAAUCGAUCUAGGAUGGAUUAGUUUUUUUGUUAACUCAGCACUCAUUGUGCUCCACUAAUAACGUUUAACAAUUUGAAAAAUAUAUCUU